CACAGUACGUGAAUUGUAACCUGUCUUGGGUCAACUACCCCACGUUAUACGCUAGUCUCCUGUUUCGAUCUACCGCCAAAACUCUCAGUGGCUCAAUGCACAAGCUCUUCCUAACAAGUUGUUCGCGUCUGAGAAAUCACUUCCAGAACCUCAGAUUCGUCACUACCUCCGCUCGUUCCCGCCAGUACACUAAAACCCCGAACCUCAACUCCGAGCUCGACUUCACUGAUAACGAUGUGCUUGAGGUGGAGCUCAAGUCUGCGAAACCCAUCAACCCGAGUCCCCAAUUCGUUCCGGGAAUGGAGAAUAAUGUCCAUCCGACAGAGCCCUCUAAGUCGUCGAUGAUGGCGGCGGCUCAGAUUUCGCAUCCGUGGCCCGAGUGGGUGGAUUUGAUGGUGCUUCUGCUGAAGGAAGAUUACUUUGAUGCCGAGGGGAACCCGUUCCAGUGUGUGGAGUUGGGUCCGAAAGAAUCAAAUCACAUUAGAACCGCAUGCCUGAAUUUCGCCCGCGACAGAUAUGACGUUAUGAGGCAUUUAUCAAAGAAACAUAUUCAGGUCAUAGCAGAGUGUGGUUGCCCCAGCACAGACAGAAAGGUGGUGAACUCUGGUAAGCGCUUAAGGGCACAUGUGGGCAUCGAUGAGGGAAAUGUUUGCUGCUCCUGCAAUUUGAGGGGAAACUGUGAGAGAGCAUUUGUGAAGGCGCGUGAAGAAGAAGGAGGGCGCACGGUUGAUGUUAUGCGAAUCUUGUUAACAUAUGGACUUGACCCCAUAAGCGGUACUGUGGAGAAUAAACCAUGUCUGACUAGAACAGUUGAGGAAUCAGUCAGAGCACUGCUAAAGCAAAUGGCAGAGUGUGGCACCGGCAUAGUUCGAUCUGAUUUGUUGAAGCCCACACCAGCUGGUGAUCUAUCCUGGCCUUCAAGUUCGGAAGAGAAAGGCCACAAAGAUGUUCCAAUGAAACAGGGGGAUUGGCAUUGUCCCAAGUGCAACUUCUUAAACUUUGCCAAGAACAUCAAAUGCUUGCGAUGUGAUACUUUUUCUCAAGAAAGACUGAGUCAACUACAAGAAGACCAAGAUCAUCUUCCGUUAAAGAAAGGAGACUGGAUAUGUGACAAGUGCAAUUUCUUAAAUUUUGCAAAGAAUACUAGAUGUUUGCUGUGCAAAGAGAAACCCCCGAAAAGGCAACUCAAUCCCGGGGAGUGGGAGUGUGAAUCGUGCAACUACAUCAACUUUAGAAGGAAUAUGGUAUGCUUGAAGUGUGAUUAUAGAAGGCCGAAAGCGUCAAAUUCAAAUGGCUCUUCUCAAUGGGAGCAUGAUGUUGGAAGUCAUCAUCGAGGUCAUGGAACCAUCGGAGACAGAAAUUCUAUGAGGUCUCCGAGAAGUAGUAGCCAGACGCGAGUCGCAAAUAGGUGGAGAUUUGUGGAUGAAGAGAACGGGGUCGCCGAGAAACCGAAGUUAACAAACUCAUUGAACGAUGUUUCUGGAAUUCUUGAUUUUCCAAUUGCAGGAGGCGUGAGCGAUUUGUCUCGUGACACAGAAAAAGGGGAAACGUGGAAGCUGAAGAUGCUGGAAAGAAGCAGAAUGACCACAGAGGAAACGGCGAAUCCAGACGAGCCACGCUCAUCCAGAAUUUAUAGGAAGUCAGAAUCACCAGAUUUUGAGGACGAUGAAGAACUGGCCGAAUGGUUCGGCAGGGGAAAGAUGUGAGUAGAGAUGCCUGUACAUGUAGCUGAGAAGAAUCAACUUCAUUUGUUUCUUUGCCUUUACAUAUUUUUCCAGGAUACUGUCUUCUCUUUUCGAGUGAACAUUAAACUAUUCAUCUCGUUGCAUUCUCGCUGUUGAGUUCC